UUGACUAGCAUGAGAUCUAUGCCUCGAGGACUGCUGUAGUGAAAGUUGUAAUAAGAAAACUGAUUUGGAUUGUUUGGAAGAGAUUCAGUUCUGGAUGAGACACUACGACGAAGAAACUGAACGACGUGAAACUGAGAUGAUAAAUCUUAAAGCUAGCUUGGAAAAAUUGGUUGAAGAUCACAUCGAACUAAAGCAGACAUAUGAGGCCCGCAAAGCUGAAAUGGAGGACUGGUUAAUUUACAAGAAACUCAAACAAGAAAAAGAGGACUUUCAGGCCCUUCAGGUUUGGGCAGCCACAAAAAUACAGGCCUGGUGGAGAGGUGUUAUGUUCAGAAAGAAAUUAGGGCCAUAUAGUAAGAAAAAGAAGGGAAAAGACAUGAACAAGGGCAAAAAGGGGAAGAAGAAAUAAAUUAUAUAACAAUGGCCAAUCAAUAUCAGGAAU